CCCUCCCUUUGCAUGUGUUCAGCUGCUCCAGCUGUCGGUCUCCCCACUCACUCUCUCAGGGUCAAACAGGCAGGAGUUUAAGGGACCACUUCUGGACGCCAACUCAGCCGGGACGACCGCAGCCAGCAGAAAAGACACACUGGUCAGAGGGGAGACCGAGAGACAGGAGACCCGCCGCCAAAGAUUAAUCUAUACCACUUCUCCACGGGUCUACACGCCACGAAGGCCCGUCUGCAGGAUACGGCUACCUGCCUGAAAGUUGUGCGUGUGUCUGUGUGCGUGUUUUAUGCGUGUUCCUGUCCCAUCUCCCCCUUAAUUAGUGCAUUAGUAUGCAGGGUGCUUGUGUGUCAAUCUUGUGUGUGUGCAUAUGUGUGUCUGUGCUCCUCCGCAGUGCGAUUUCACAGCAACAUACAGAAGGUGACACCUACACGGAAUGCACAGAUGGGUAUCACUGGGACCCUCAGACUGAGCACUGCAAAGACAUAAACGAGUGCGAGACCAUUCCAGAUGCCUGCAAAGGGGAAAUGAAGUGCUUCAACCACUAUGGGGGCUACCUGUGCCUUCCCCGCUCGGCGUCCGUCAUCCCCGCUCCGGAGCCCCACAUCGUGCCCACCGAGCCCUUUAACCCCUGCCCUCUAGGCUACGAGCCGCACGGAGACAGCUGUGUGGAUGUCGAUGAGUGUGAGCGAGACGAACAUGACUGCCAGCCAAGCCAGCAGUGCAUCAACACGCUGGGGGCCUUCACGUGUCAGUGUCCGGACGGUUACCGCAAGGUUGGCACGGAGUGCAUCGACAUCGAUGAGUGCAGGUACAGAUACUGCCAGCACCGCUGCGUCAAUGUCCCCGGUUCCUUCUCUUGUCAGUGUGAACCUGGUUUCCAACUGGCAGGAAACAACCGAUCUUGCAUUGAUGUGAACGAAUGCGAGAUGGGCGCCCCCUGCUCUCAGAGGUGUUACAACACGUACGGCACCUUCCUCUGUCGCUGUGAUCAGGGCUACGAGCUCGGGCCUGAUGGCUUUGCGUGUAACGAUAUUGAUGAGUGCAGCUACUCCAGUUACCUGUGCCAGUUCCAGUGUGUCAACGAACCGGGGAAGUUCUCCUGCGUGUGCCCAGACGGAUACCAGCUGCUGGGCACCCGAAUGUGCCAGGAUAUAAACGAGUGUGAGACAGGUGAACAUCAGUGUACGGAGAAACAGACCUGUGUGAACAUCCAUGGACGAUACCAGUGUGUGGACAACAACCGCUGCCAAGACCCUUACAUACAAGUGUCUGAGAACCGUUGUGUGUGCCCCGUCAGCAAGCCCGCCUGUCGAGAUCUGCCUUUCUCCAUCGUCCACCGCUACAUGAGCAUCACCUCAGAGCGCUCCGUCCCCUCCGACAUCUUCCAAAUUCAGGCCACCAGUGUUUCUGCUGGGGCUUACAACACCUUCCGCAUUCGCUCUGGUGACGAGAACGGCGACUUUUACAUCAGGCAAAUCAAUAACAUCAGUGCCAUGCUGGUGCUGGCCCGCGCCGUGUCGGGCCCCAGAGAGUACACGUUGGAUCUGGAGAUGGUGUCAGUUAACCCUCUGGUCAGCUACCAGGGCAACUACCAGACCAGCUCGGCCCUCAGACUCUCCAUCUACGUCGGACCAUACACCUUUUAAAGAAGAAGAGUGGAGGGACAGAGAGAGAGAAUGAGAAAUGUGGAGAUGCAAAAAAAAAAAAAAGGAAAAAGAAGCUGUAAACAGAAGUGGUCGAUGCAGUUCAACCAGUCACUGUGAUGUUACCUUAACAGAUUUUUGUACUUUUCUGUCGGCCCAUAUUAUGUGUAAGAAUAUACACGCAGUACAGUAUACAAACACAUUGUAGCAGCAAUGUCUCACUGAUAAAUAGCAGCCUUAAAAGAAUUAAUCCAGUCAAAGUCGGGCCCUUGUGUUUAAUCAGACGGUUCCUGUUUUUAAUUUUAUCAUGUUAUUUGGAAUAUUUCUCCUCAUCUGUUCAGGGUGAUAACAGAUCUGCGUGACAUGUCGUUUUUCUGCCUUUAGGUGCAGCGCUUCACUUCCCAGCGUCACUAGAUUCAUCUGUUGUCACCAGUUUACAUCCUUAUCUUCUGUUAGUCACUUUAUUCUUGUCAGCCCCGUUUCCUGUUGACAGACAUGAUUCAGUAACCACUCACAUCAGACCUCAGCAUCCACGCUGCUCCUUCACCCUCCACUGUUCACUCCUAAUGUUCGAGUUCUCCGUUGCUGCCGUUUCUUUGUCACAUUGUGUUGUGCUUUGUUUUGUUUUUUUUCUUGUACAAGAUUUGAAAUCAAAUAAAACAAUAUAGGACCUACCUUUUCA